AUGCAAAAAAGGUCUACGCUUUUUGUAGUCGCGUUGGCGCUGCUCUCUGCCUUCGUGGGAACACAAGCGAAAUCGGACCCGGGCAUCGUGGACACUCCGGUGAACUCGGUGACACCCAACAUCAGGCAACAGCGUCCGCUGCUGGCCAACUCGAAGAUCUACGUGAAAAUUACGGGAUGCACGUCCAAGGUGGAAACGAACUUGACUAUAACCUUCCGGUUGACGGAGCACCCCUGCAUCUACGAUGAUCGCUUGCUGGAAGCCAUUGCGGCCGAGCCAUCGCUACAAAAGAAUGCCUCCAUAAAUAACGUUAUUACAGUGGUCACAAAAUCGUAUCCCUGCAAUGGCCUCAUCGUUUUGGUGGCCGACAAGUUGUCCCCGCCGGCCGAGGGAGUCACUGGAAAGCCGGAACCGAAGCAUCCCAUGAAGGAGAACAAACAUCCACUUUCGCCCACAACAAACCCGAUUGCGAGCGUCAAAGAUGAUGGCAUCUACGAGAUUGAGAUCUUGAUUUCACAGGAACCCGUUGCUUCCGAGUUCAGUGCCGUGGUUCACAUUGAAUUCCUGGGACCGCACGGUUAUAUCUCCGCCAUAGAUUGGCCUUUCCUGCCCUUCUAUUUAAUCAUGUGCAUUGUUUAUGUGAUAUUCGGCAUUAUUUGGCUCUUUGUUUCCUUCGCCCAAUGGCGGGAUCUAUUGAGAAUUCAGUUCUGGAUCGGUGGCGUCAUACUGCUGGGCAUGCUCGAGAAGGCUUUCUUCUAUGCCGAAUAUCAAACGCUGACGAACUAUGGUGUUGCUGUGCAGCAUGCCGAGCUGGUGGCUGAGUUUGUGUCCUGUGCGAAACGCACUUUGGCCAGGAUGCUUGUCAUCAUUAUGAGUCUGGGCUUUGGCAUUGUCAAACCACGUUUGGGACCGAUGUUGCAUCGUGUUGUGGGCGUGGGCACCCUGUACUUUGUACUGGCGUGCGUAGAAAGCUAUUUGCGCAUCACCAACAUAAAGAGCGACCGUAGCGAGCUCCUGGUUGCCAGUAUUCCAUUGGCGGUGUUGGACACAGGAAUCUGCUGGUGGAUCUUCACUUCGCUCGUCCAAACCACACGUACUCUGAGGCUUAGAAGGAAUAUGGUGAAGCUAUCCCUGUAUAGGCACUUUACCAACACGCUGAUUUUUGCUGUUAUCGCUUCCGUCAUCUUUAUGCUCUUUGCGUUGCGUUUGCGUAGAAUCGAGAACUGUACGCCUGGAUGGCGUGACAUCUGGAUCGAUACUGGCUUCUGGCACAUUCUAUUCUCGGUGCUGCUCUUGGUGAUUAUGAUACUAUGGCGACCCACGAAUAACAACCAGCGAUAUGCCUUCACACCGUUGCUAGAUGCACCCGAGGACGAGGACGAGGAGGAUGAAGAGGAUCAAUUUGUGGCCGAUGCCUAUGGGGUGAAGAUGCGUGGUCAGAAUGGUACGCCAAAGACGUCGGUGAAUUCUCGGGCUGCCACCACCACCGAGGAAGAUGACUUGCGUUGGGUGGAGGAGAACAUACCCUCCUCAAUGGCGGACUCGGCUCUGCCUAUCCUCGACUCGGACGAAGAGAUCAUUAACACCAAGUUCGAGGUCUCCAAAAUGCAAUAAGCUGGGCUGUGACUUUCGCUGGACCUAAAAAGAGACUUGAAGUACAUUAACACAUCCGCGUCACCCGCCCCAUUCAAAUGUGCUAUGCAUUCUUAUCCAUUUUCUAUUCGAAAACGAAACAUAGCCAUCGAGGAUGAUGGGAAACAAUUGGUACUUGACUUUAUUUCCCAGUCGCGCUUGUCCCAACUCGUGACUGGCGCCUGCCUUUUGAACCCGUGUAAAAUAUUGUAUUUAACGUAGUUCCUUCUACAGCACACGUCCUCCCACUAAAUAAAUUUAACUUAUUUAUAAUACCUA